AUGCAACCAUUUGCAGGUCCUCCUCCAGUGACUCCUCAGGCUCUAAACCUCCCACCCGCUCCACAUGAUCAGUACCCUCCUCCCCCUCGCCAGUUUGACAACGAGAUCAUCCGCCACAUCAAACCUAUCGCUCCUACUUUUGAUGGUCGUGGGGAUCCUACGAUGUUUCUUGAUUGGAUCCAAGCCCUGGAAGAUUAUUUUGCUUGGUAUGAUUUGACGGAUGCUUAUAAACUACGCAUUGGUAAGAUGACAUUACAGGGAGCCGCUAGACAAUAUUGGAAUUCCGUGGAGGAGCAACUAUACCAACUGGGACAACAGCCUGUGACUCUUUGGGACGAGAUGAAAUUCAAGCUUCGCGAACAAUAUCUUCCUACAUUUUAUCGCCAUCAAUUGUAUGAUCAGUUAUGGACCCUUUCACAAGGAAGUUUUACCGUUACAGAAUUCCACGCUCGUUUUAUUGAACACAAAAUACGUGCGGGGCUUCGUGAAGAACCCGACAUCACCAUGUCUCGUUUUAUUCAUGGUCUUCGGACGACGAUAUCAAGCGUGAAGUACACCGGGACUCCCGGGUAUCCUUCCACUUCUGCUCCAAACCGCAGUAAUCCAAGCUCCAAAUAUGGCAUCACUGGUCCACCUGCUCCCACGGUACCUGCCACAGAGAAGGGACCAGCCCUAUCCACGGCUACUCACCUCGAAUGCUAUCGUUGCCAUGCUAAGGGCCACAUCGCCUCCCGUUGCCCCCACAGAACUUUAAAUAUUAGCUCCAACACUGAGGACCCUCGUGUGGACGAGUAUGUGGAGCCCCUUGAACCUAUUUAUGAUCCCGACCUUGAUAAUUGUUGUGAGGAAGAAGCAUUGCAACAACUGAGUGUUAUGCGUUGUAUUUAUUCAGCAUCUACACCUCCACCUCCUGAUUCAUGGAAACGCACAAGUAUCUUCCAGACUUAUGUCCCUUGCGGUACCACUCGAUGCCAGCUAGUUAUUGAUGGGGGAAGUACGCUGAAUGUUAUUUCUAAAGCUGCCGUCGAUCGUCUUCAUCUUCAGGCCGAACCACAUCCCCAUCCUUUUCAAGUCGGCUGGGUAGAUAAAACUAGGUUACCUGUUACUGAAAGAUGUCUUGUUCCUCUUCAAUUGGGUCCCUGUCACGAGAAACUUUAUUGUGAUAUCCUACCUAUGAGUGUUGCACAUGUGCUACUAGGCCGGCCUUGGCUUUAUGACCGUAACGUCAAAAGUUGCGGCCGAGAGAACACCUAUACUUUCCAACAUGAAGGGAAAAACAUAACACUCAAGCCUUCCAACCCAGCCAUCAAACCAAUUAAGGAGGUUCAACCGACACUGCCCUUAAACGGGAAGGCUUCGGAGCAUCGUUUAAGUAUCUUAUCACCUGUAGAUUUUACACAUGAACUACAAGACACGGGUGUGGUCUUUGCUCUCUUGCUUAAACCGGUCUCUAAAUGUACCCCCACUCCAUUUGCCGAACCCAUACGGCAGCUACUCACGGAAUUCUGUGAUGUUAUACCUGAGGACUUACCAGAUGAACUACCUCCAGCACGAGAGAUUCAGCAUGCCAUCGACCUUGUUCCUGGUUCACAACUUCCUAACCUUCCCCAUUAUCGUAUGAACCCACCUGAGCGCGAGCGGAAUUAA